AUGUCUCACGAUUUCUUAUCGAGUAACCACGUCGGCAUCGAUUCGAAUGCCUUCCGCUCCAACGCCUCCGCCCCUGCGGGGUAUUUCUCCGACAAGCCGAUCGUGGCGUGGAUCGACUACGAUUCCGACAUGAAUCUCGCCAACAUCACCAUCACGCCGUCAACAGAACCCCUAACCCCUCUCCUCUCCUACAAAAUAGAUUUGUCUCCGAUUCUACACGAAACUAUGUUUGUCGGAUUUUUCGCCUCCACAGCCCUGUUCGCAAGCUCCCAUUUCAUGCUUGGAUGUAGCUUCACAACGAUCGGAGAAGCUCUGCCGUUGGAUUUACGUUCCCUGCCUUCAAUCCCAUGGACCAAAAAUUAA